AUGAGUGUCAACAGUCUUUGGUUCAAGUGGAAGAGCUUAAGACUCCCGUGGCGGAGAUUUUUCUUGGUCGGCCAGGAUCUGGCCGGCAACACCUUCUGGGAAUUCAAGGACGCUGCCAAUUCCUCACGGCUCAGGCGCAUCGUGAAAUACAAUCCAAAGACCCAUUAUGCAGAUGUCAAGGUAUCACCGCAAUGGCACCAGUGGCUGCGACAUGUUCGGCCAGAACCCCCUUCGAUAGCAGAACAGCAGCAGGAGCUUGUACGCCAAGAGCAGAUCAAGUAUCUCGCCAAACUUGCCGAUGAACGAUGGGCCAGCAAGCCUUCGUAUCUCGACAAGCCACAGGAACAGCAGCCGGGACCUGCGAUCGAAUCGAGAACGCCGGCAUACCAUACCGGCCCGAAACCAACCGCCGAACAGGCCGGUGUGCGCUCAGCGAUCGGUAGCGAAGCCGAACUGCAGCAGCAAGGGACGACGAAGAAGAAGAAGAGGAAGAUAAAGACUAGUCCUUGGGAAGGGGAAUCCGGUGCGCCGGGCGAAAAAUGGCAACCGGAGGCGUGGAAUCCUUCUGCGGCAAAAAGAUAA